CCUCCGUUUCCAUCGAACACUCGAUGGAAGUUCUCGGCUAUGGCGGCUUGCCUGCGCUCGUGGUUUCGUGGAUCUUUUUCUUCUCUCGAGCGAGUUCGCAGUUCCUGGAGGCCGAUGCGCUGCUGGAGUUCAAGCGCAGCGUGGUACCGAGUGGCGGCGGCGGCGCUCUCGCGGAUUGGAGCGCGGGCUCGCGGCAGCUCGUGUGCAAUUGGACGGGGAUCACCUGCGAUGGCGGUGGCAGAAGCGGGAGGUCCAUCGCCAGGAUCGAUUUGGGCGGUCUCCAAAUCGGUGCUAGCGUGGCGAUGGGUGAUCAGAGCGUCAACAUUGCGCCCCUCCUGGGCGGCGGCUUGCGAGGUUUGGUCUUUCUCAACCUCUCGGCCAAUCUUCUCCGCGGAGCUCUGCCGCCCAGCCUAGAGCUCUGCUCGCCAUCGAUCGCAACGCUGGACCUCAGCUCUAAUGGCUUGGGAGGAGCGAUCCCUCCAUCUCUGGGGAAUUGCUCGGGGCUCCAGGAGCUCGACCUCAGCCAUAACAAUCUCACUGGAGGGCUCCCAGCUUCCAUGGCGAAUCUCUCCAGCCUCGCCACCUUCGCGGCGGAGGAGAACAAUCUCACCGGCGAGAUUCCAUCCUUUAUCGGCGAACUCGGCGAGCUCCAGCUCCUGAAUUUGAUCGGCAAUAGCUUCUCGGGUGGAAUCCCUCCAUCGCUCGCCAAUUGCUCGCGCCUCCAGUUCCUCUUCCUCUUCCGCAACGCCAUCACGGGAGAGAUCCCUCCAUCGCUCGGUCGCCUCCAAUCGCUGAAGACUCUGGGCCUGGACAACAAUUUCCUCUCGGGACCGAUACCGCCAUCUCUGGCCAAUUGCUCCUCGCUCUCGCGGAUCUUGCUCUAUUACAACAACAUUACCGGCGAGGUCCCUCUGGAGAUUGCGCGAAUUCGCGGCCUCUUCACGCUGGAGCUCACGGGAAACCAGCUCACGGGAUCGCUCGAGGAUUUUCCAGUGGGCCAUCUCCAAAACCUCACUUACGUAUCGUUUGCGGCAAACGCUUUUCGCGGCGGCAUUCCCGGAAGCAUCACGAAUUGCUCCAAGCUUAUCAACAUGGAUUUCUCGCGAAACUCUUUCUCGGGAGAGAUCCCGCACGAUCUUGGAAGGCUCCAGAGUUUGCGGAGCUUGAGACUCCAUGACAACCAGCUCACAGGUGGAGUUCCUCCAGAGAUUGGCAGCUUGAACGCUAGCUCUUUCCAAGGCUUGUUCCUCCAGAGAAACAAGCUGGAAGGAGUGCUUCCAGCGGAGAUUUCUUCGUGCAAAUCACUCGUGGAGAUGGAUCUCAGUGGAAAUCUCUUGAGCGGGAGCAUACCCAGGGAAUUAUGUGGCCUCUCCAAUCUAGAGCACAUGAAUCUCUCGAGGAAUUCCCUGGGUGGUGGGAUACCCGACUGCUUAAACGCGUGUUUCAAGCUCACUUUGCUGGAUCUCUCGUCGAAUUUGUUUGCUGGAACCAUUCCUCGAUCGCUCUUGAAUUUUCCAAGCAUGGCUCUUGGAUUCUCUCUGGCUGGAAACCGGCUCCAAGGGACAAUACCGGAGGAGAUUGGAAUCAUGACGAUGGUGGAGAAAAUCAAUCUCUCCGGGAAUAACCUUUCUGGAGGAAUUCCACGCGGAAUUUCCAAGUGUGUUCAACUCGACACUCUUGAUCUCUCUUCCAACGAGCUCUCUGGCCUUAUCCCCGACGAACUUGGCCAGCUUAGUAGCCUUCAAGGCCUGGAUCUAUCUAACAAUCGCCUGACUGGAAAGAUUCCCGUGUUCUUGGCCAAGUUGCAAAAGCUCGAGCACUUAAAUCUCUCCUCCAACAAUUUCUCCGGUGAAAUACCAUCUUUUGCUAAUAUCUCCGCAGCGUCUUUCGAAGGAAAUCCAGAGCUCUGCGGGAGAAUCAUCGCAAAGCCAUGCACGACGACGACGAGAUCUCGCGAUCAUCAUAAGAAAAGAAAACUUCUUCUAGCACUCGCGAUCGGAGCCCCGGUUUUACUCGCUGCCACGAUUGCAAGCUUCAUAUGUUGCUUCUCUUGGCGUCCAUCCUUUCUUCGAGCCAAAAGCAUCUCCGAAGCAGCACAAGAACUCGAUGAUCAGCUGGAACUCAGCACAACACUGCGAGAGUUCUCCGUGGCCGAGCUCUGGGACGCCACCGAUGGAUACGCCGCGCAAAACAUUCUCGGCGUCACGGCAACCUCAACCGUGUACAAGGCCACCUUGCUCGAUGGAAGCGCCGCAGCCGUGAAGAGAUUCAAGGAUUUGCUCUCGGAUUCGAUCAGCUCCAAUUUGUUCACAAAAGAGCUCCGGAUCAUCCUGAGCAUCCGGCACCGCAACCUCGUCAAAACGCUGGGCUACUGCCGCAACCGAUCGCUCGUCCUCGACUUUAUGCCGAAUGGAAGCCUGGAAAUGCAGCUCCACAAGACGCCCUGCAAGCUCACUUGGGCGAUGCGUCUCGACAUCGCGCUGGGGACCGCUCAAGCGCUCGCGUACCUCCACGAGAGCUGCGAUCCUCCGGUUGUCCACUGCGAUCUCAAGCCUAGCAACAUCCUCCUCGACGCAGACUAUGAGGCUCAUGUCGCCGACUUUGGCAUCUCCAAGCUCUUGGAGACGAGUGAGGAGAUCGCGAGCGUAUCGCUCAUGCUUCGAGGCACUCUUGGAUACAUCCCACCAGAAUAUGGCUAUGCCUCGAAGCCAUCCGUGAGAGGCGACGUCUACAGCUUUGGAGUGAUUUUGCUGGAACUAAUCACUGGAUUGGCACCCACGAACAGCUUGUUUCAUGGUGGCACGAUUCAGGGCUGGGUUUCUUCUUGCUGGCCGGAUGAGUUUGGUGCAGUCGUGGAUAGAUCAAUGGGGUUGACGAAAGAUAACUGGAUGGAGGUGGAACAGGCCAUCAACUUGGGAUUGCUGUGCUCGAGCCACAGUUACAUGGAGCGUCCAUUGAUGGGCGACGUAGAGGCUGUGCUGAGAAGAAUAAGAUCAGGAGGGAGCAGCAGCACGAGGAAAGAAAUGACACUAGAUGACCUUGCAAAGAGUCCUGGUUUCGUCAUAAAACCCCGGUAAAAAACAAGGAAAAUUCUGCUUAGCAUAGUUUUAGCAUCUAUUUGGGAACAAGAUUGAAAUUAAUGAUAAUUGCAUGA